AUGGCUGCGGCGACCCGGGCCGUGGCCGAGGCGACCGGGGCCGUGGCUAAGGCGGCCAAGCCCAGUGGCGAAUUGCAAGGCGCUGAAGUUAAAACCCCGCAGCCCACGCCAAAACCCCUCGGGGCACCGCAGAGGCGGAGCCCGCUCUCCGUGCUCAAAGUAUCCCAGCUGCUGCUCGGAGCCAUCGCCUCGCACGAAGGGCUGACUAUGGCCACGCUCAAGAAGGAGCUGGGAAAUGCGGGCUACCAAGUGCGCAGGAAGUGCCGCCGCCACUGGGGCGAAGCGCCCAAGUCUGAAACUAGGGGCGCACUCCUCAGGGUCAGCGGCACCAACGCCUCCGGCUAUUUCAGGGUCUGGAAGGCUCCGAAGCCCAAGAGAAAGCCCGGACGCCCGAGGCUGGCGGAGGGCGCGCGGGCCUGGCGGCGGAGCCCCGCGGUGCCGCGGCGGAGCCCGCGGAGGCGCUGCGCGCGGCGCAAGGCGGCCAAGAAGGCCAGGGAAGUGUGGCGCCGGAACGCGAGGGCGCAGAGCUCCGUGAAGAGGCUAAGGUCCAGGGCCCGGGACCCGGGGCGCUCUAGAGCCAAGGAGGAAACGAAGGCCAAGGUGAUGGACGAGGGGAGAGGACGGACCAAGAAGGAAGACAGGCCUCGGGCCCGAGAUGAGAAUAGGCCAAGGGAAGAGAAGAAGCAUGACCCUGAGAAGCCGAUAAAACGGACCGUCCUGAGGUCAGCCUCCAGGGCUGCUCGCGCAAAGGCUUCUACUAAAUUUGAAAGCCCUUGCAAUGCAACCGGGAAUCCUUAGUGUAGGAGCAACU